AUGGGAUAUACCUCAGCCAAGGCAAUGAAUACCAGCUAUAACCUAGAUUCCACCAAUCUAGCACUUGGCUCUUUCAUCUUAGUGUCUUUCCUGGUGGGGAUGGCGAUGAAUGGGCUUCUUCUCUGGUUGCUGUGGAAGAAGAUGGGAAGAACGGUGAACACUCUCUGGUUCCUCCACCUGACUCUCUCCUUCUUGAUUUCCUGUUGCUCCCUGCCUUUCUUUGGUGUCUACAACCUCCUCAACUUUCACUGGGUCUUUGAUGUAUUCAUGUGCAAGAUCACAUACUUCUUCCUCACUCUGGGGAUGGUCUCCACAGUCUUCCUGCUCACCAUCAUCAGCCUGGACCGCUACCUCCUUACCUGCCGUCCCAUCUGGGCCCAACACAACCGUUCAAUACCUUUGGCAUGUAGACUGAUCAUAGGAGUAUGGCUUGUUUCUCUAGUCGUAACUGCUCCUUAUUUGGCUUUCUCUGUGACUCAAGAGGUGGGGAAAGACAAAAGCGUCUGCAAAUUAAAUUAUACAUCGGACAAAUGGAAUGGAGACCAAAUGGAAUUGGCCAUCUUUAUGACUCGGUUCUUGUUGACCUUCCUGCUUCCCUUCUUCAUCAUUGUGUUCUGCUAUUGUUCAAUGAGACAGGAAAUGAAGAAGAAAAGGUUGCUGAGGACUGGGAAGCCCUUCAAGAUCCUGGUGAUUGCUGUAGCAUCUUUCUUCAUCUUCAGGUUUCCCUUCUACCUGUACAUGAUUUCCAGUCUGGCUAACAAGCCAAAUCCACCAGGAAAGAUACAAGAGUUUCUGCGGAUAACCUUUAGCAUUGGCAUCUGUUUGAAUAUCUGUUUCACUCCGAUUCUCUAUCUCUUUGUUGGAGAGAACUUCAAACAGGUCUUCAAGACAUCCAUUGUAGUUCUUGUUAAGAAAGGUUUCACAGAACACUCCAUCAUGUCAAUGGAGAACAUGAGUCUCAGAGCAGAAACUAUCCAGACUAGCAGCAGCAGCAACUUGGAGCUGGCAAAAACUCAAAGGGAUGAUCUACCACCUUCUUGA